CGACUUACCAGGCACAUAAAGCAGCUCUCGAUGACGUUCUAGUUCAGGGCAGUCGUCAUGUGCCGCUCAUUACUGAAUUCAACUGGUAUCUUCAAGUCAUUAUGAGGAACCUACGGUUAUGGUACUUUCUGCCCUUAGUGCUUCUGCUACUGCAGGCCUAUGUGGUGGAGUCCAAGGGCCAGACCGACAUCUCUUCACCAGAUGCUUCUCAGGAAUCACAUACACGAUCUUCACAAGACGGAUUUGACACUCGACCGGGCAAUGAACACGUCAAUGCCGCAAUCACGAUCCUCCACGAUUCGAAAAUAUCAGUCGUACCGUACGAGAAACCAUCGGGGCUUAUCGGAUACGGCUUACAUUAUGCCCAACAAGCUUUCCGCGUAUUGUUCUUGAACGGACCGCAGCCCGAGAAUGCUGGUCGACAAAAGAUCAACCCGAAUCUCGCCAGAGCAGUGAAUGAGUUGACGAUAGCUGCGGAGAAGGACCAGAACCCCGAUGCGAUGUUCCUACUGGCGGAGAUGAAUUUCCACGGCAACUUCACCCACCCCCGGGACUUCAAGCAGGCGUUCCAUUGGUAUCAGAAUCUUGCGUCCUUGACUGGAAACAGCACGGCACAGUACAUGAUUGGUUUUAUGUACGCGACGGGGAUAGGUGGUGGAGUGGAGCGCGACCAAGCCAAGGCAAUGCUCUACCACACCUUUGCGGCUGAAGCAGGGAACACGAGAUCGCAGAUGACGCUUGCAUACCGGAACCACGCGGGGGUCGGGACUGCCAGAAACUGCGACGAAGCUACGUACUUUUACAAACGGGUGGCGGACAAGGCAAUUCAAUACUACCGAUCGGGCCCUCCAGGCGGUCAUAGCAUGGUUCGUGAAUCGUACCGCUGGGCAGAUGAAGAGGGUGGUGUUUAUGGCGAGGGUGCCAGCGUUUCCAGUUCCGGACCAAAUGCGCUUAGUGAUUCCCAUGCCAGCACCGAUGCCAGCUUGGAAGAUGUUCUGGAAUACUUGGAUCUUAUGUCUCGGAAGGGUGAGCUGAAGGCUACGUUCAGUCUAGGAAAAAUGCACUAUGAAGGUGCCCGAGGCUUGCCUAGAAACUUCCGAAAGGCAAUGAAGUAUUUCAAGCAGAUCACAAAGCGGUAUUGGAACAAAGACGGAUCCGUGAACCCGAACCACCCUUAUGGAAUCGAGAAAUUGGCUGCGAAAGCGGCGGGUCACCUUGGGUUGAUGUUUCUUCGUGGUGAGGGCGCGGACCAAAACUAUGCGACUGCAGCCACUUGGUUCAAGCUUGGAUUGAGUAACGGUGACUCGCUUUGCCAACAUGAGCUUGGGAUCAUGUAUCUUCAUGGAUACGGCGUUCCGCAGGACGCCUUCAAGGCCUCCUCUUACUUCAAAGCCGCCGCCGAUCAAGAUCUUCCGGCAGCCGAAACAAGACUGGGUGCUCUGUUCUUGGACCAGGGUGACAUUCCUACCGCGACCAGGUACUUUGAGCUGGCCGCACGCUGGGGAUGGAUGGAAGCCUUCUAUUACCUAGCGGAAUUAUCUAACAACGGUGUCGGCCGGCAACGGCACUGCGGUAUGGCCGCCUCAUACUACAAGAUGGUCGCAGAGCGGGCAGAGGUGAUCCACUCGUCCUUUGCCGAGUCCAACGCCGCGUACGAGAACGGUGAUAAAGAUCGGGCACUUGUUGCUGCCAUGAUGGCUGCAGAGCAAGGCUACGAAAAUGCGCAGUCUAAUGUGGCAUUUUUGCUUGACGAACAGCGCUCUUUGGUGUCGUUUGAUUCGAUUUUGCCCGGGCUUAAGAAGACCCGCUCGUCAUUGCUUCGAAAUGCUGCUUUGGCCCUCAUUUACUGGACUCGUUCUGCCAAACAAGCCAACAUCGACUCUUUGAUCAAGAUGGGUGACUAUUACCUCAGUGGGACUGGUAUCGCUGCGGACGCCGAAAAGGCCUCGACCUGCUACCACACUGCCGCGGAAGCUCACUACAGUGCGCAGGCCUAUUGGAACCUCGGCUGGAUGCAUGAAAAUGGCGUUGCUGUGGAACAGGAUUUCCACAUGGCCAAACGUUAUUAUGAUCUAGCACUCGAAACAAGUUCCGAAUCGUAUUUACCGGUGAAGCUAAGUCUGCUGAAACUCCGCAUGCGGAGUUAUUGGAACAGCAUCACGAAUGGAAAGAUUAACUCUAUCCAGGAAGAUGAUGAGCCUCGACCUCGCCGGUCAUUCAAGGAGUGGAUCGCCGCUUUCAUCGAGAACGACGAGGAAGAAGAAGCCAAUUAUAGAGCGCAGAUGUACAAGAGAGCCGAGGAGGACGAAGAGGACCUGCUAUCUACGGGAGAGUCUCGACACGAUCGUCAUCAAGAUGGUUACUAUGACGACUUGGAACUUGACAUCGACGACAGUGUCUUGGAAGGUCUCAUCAUUGUGGCCCUGGCAGCAACAUUGCUGAUACUUUUAUACGUGCGACAGCAACGAAACCGAGACCGACAGAACGACAACGGAGGCGCGAACCCAGCGGCUGCGGCUAAUGGGAAUGAUCGAGGGCUCUUUCCCCGUCCUGGAGACCCGGAAUUCGCUCAAUGGGUGGCUGGCGGUGUAGGGCAUUAAGGGGUACUUUGGGUCGGCCAUGAUUUUGUACAUGCUGUAACCUAGCAGAAUUAGCAUUGAAUUUCAUACUUG